AGUUUCGCCAAAAACUGACUGUGCUGUUGGUUUGUCGAACUGUACGCCUGUAUCAUCAAACACUUUCUGAGCAAAUAAAACAGUCUUCAUGACACACAUACACUCACGAAACAUUUAGGAUUAAUAGUACCGUAUAUGAUACAUACAAGUCACUUCGAUUUUACGUUUGCACUGUUCCACCCGUUCCACUUUUGACAAUGAUAGUCGCUAUCUUCGACAUUGUUUCGUUUAAUUAGUUCAUCGAUUUUAGUAUCAUACACAAAUCGGCACCAUAUUGUAACUGCGAAAGACGUCAUUGUGUUUCGAAAGGAGGUUGACCAAGUGCGUCAGAUCACGCAACUCCCUGAGUGAAAAAAUCGUGUCGCUUUCGCUUUCAAGUGGUAAUUUAGGCUCACACUUGGACUCCGAAGGAUCUUUUAAGACACAGUUCUUGCCCUGAAGAACGAGGAUAACAUCGACAGUAAAGGAGCGCCAAGAACAGACUGGGGAGAGUACAGGGAGGUGACUUUUUCAAGAGGACGGAGGCUAGGUGGGCCCCUAUUCUCACGCCAUUUCCUGGAACCUACACCUCCAACUGGACUCAAAAAAGGCGUUGACGGACUGACUUUUGACGCCCAAACUCUACAAGGAGAAUAUACAUGUACAGCUAAAACAUAGGCUCAAUACAUUUUGCAAAUAGAUAGAUGAUGGCCUAUAUAGACAUAAUAGAGGUUGCGUGACUCAAAACAUGACGACCCCAGUUAUCUUUUAGUAUAUUGACUCUGAGUCUCCUGAUUAAGGUCUCUCGUGACCUUUGGAUCUUUCACGGAAGCAGCCACAAGCGGAUCUGACAAAUUCUUAUUUCAAGGGGUAUGGAAUUGUAUGAAGGUGGAUUUGAAUCACCCCACAAACGUUGCAGUGUUAUCCCCGAGACCGCUGAAAAUAUGGAGUCGGACCAACGCGCAUGGUCAUCGUCGUCGUCGUCAUCGGAUUCUGAUUCUGAUUGCCAAUCCGAGGGCGCAACACAAUUCCACGAAGUCGUUGAAUUAAGACGAAUAUCGGCGAGCAAUCUCGCCAGUGUAUCGCUUGAUCCAAAGAAACCAUUAUGGAGGACACUCAGGGGACAAGGUCUUAUUAACGCCAUAAAAACCCUCCUUCCGGACCUCAUGCAGUCCAACCCCUCGCAACUCGACCAGAACCUGAUAGCAGCGUUGGGCCGAGAGUCACCAGCGACUGCGGAGAAGGUUAAGGAGGUUUACUACACCGUCUACAAGAAAAAAUGGAUAAAUCGACAGGGAAGGGAUGGGACUGCGCAUGCGUUUGUAGCAGAGCUGCGACUAGCGAAUCUGAACUCUCUGUCAGAUAAAUGUAUAUCGGUCUUCGACCAGCACAUGGACCAACACUUUAACAGGCUGAUGACAGCAUGCAAGGAAAGUGACCUGGAACGCAUGAAGCUGGCUCUGGCAGCAGACACUGGGUUGGACAUUAACUGCAGCAACGAGUUGGGGGUAACACCACUUCACAAGGUCUGCCAGAUCGGGUUCUUCGACGGAGUCAAGCUCUUAAUCAACAAGGGUGCCGAGCUGAACAUGCGCGAUGCCCAGACCGCCACCCCACUGAAUUACGCCACAAUUUGGGGCCACAAGACCAUAGUAAUCUAUCUACUGCAGCAAGGAGCAAAUAUCACGUCACGGUUUGUAACAGAUUCACCAUUACAUGACGCCUGCCUAAACGGUCACGUGGAGAUCACGCGGGUGUUGCUAAAAAGUGGCGCAGUCCCAAACGAGCGGAACGGAACCCAGGCGACGCCUCUUCACCUUGCGGCGGAAAUGGGUAGCAUGCAAUGUGCGGAGCUUCUGCUUGAGAAUGACGCCGGGCUUGAAGAAAGAUGCGACCAGGGCAAAACUCCUUUCUAUCUUGCCUGCGAAAAUGGUCAACACCCUGUCGUUGACUUCCUUCUACGAAAGGGGGCGCUGAUUGAUGCUGCCAACGAAGAUGGCGUCACUCCCCUGAUGGCUGCCGUUUACAACAAUCACGAAGAGGUUGUGGAACUUCUGUUAGCAUCAAAUGCUGACGUCAACGCAUUCGCUCCCAUAAAGAAGACCACGCCCUUGAGUCUCGCAGCUGGACGAGGUCACGUGGAGAUCGCGAGAAUUCUCGUAGAAGCUGGGGCUUCGGUAGAUUUCCCGCAAGGCAGCUCCUCACCAAUCGCAAAUGCAGUCAACUACGGCCACCCGGAGACUGUCUCGUUCCUGCUAGAGAGGGGCGCACGGAUCAACGUCGCGGACGACGAUGGGUCCUCCUUGCUCCACUUGGCGGCAAAGGGAAGAAGAUACGAUCUCGCGAAGGCGCUCCUUGACAGGGGAAUGGACAUCGAGGCACAGAAUGACGAGGGGGGCCGACCAAUCCACACGGCAUGCAUUGUCGGCGCCAAUGAUAUUGUGCGAAUCCUACUAGAGAGAGGAGCAAACAUCGAAGCUGAAUUGAAUGGAGGAUGGCGCCCGGCACACAUUGCCUCCGAACAAGGCCACACCUCGGUUCUUAAAACGCUUCUACGGCAUGGUGGGAACGAGAGAUUGAAGUCAAAGAAAGGAACAAGGCCAAAGUAUACAACAAAACUGGCCAUUGACGCUAAGCUAGACGACAAUGAAGAAACGCCGCUCAUCAUCGCCUGCCUGACGGGUCAAAGGUCAGAGGUCGUCAACCUGCUGCUCCAAUAUGGCGCCGAUAAGAAUGCGGCUACGAGAGAGGGCGCCACUGCGUUGACAUGGGCCUGCGUUCAAGGAGAUAUAAUGACGGUAGAGGUUCUCCUCCGCUACGGAAUCAACGUGGACAUUCGGGGUAAAGAGAACAACACAGCCUUGCACUACGCGUGCCAGGUCGGCCAACUAGAGAUGGUCAAAAUCUUGCUCGACCACAAGGCGAAUACCGAGGCACGUCGUGACGACGGCAAAACCCCGCUCUUCCUCGCCGCCUUGAACGACCAGCUCGAAGCAGCCAAGCUCCUACUCGACAACGGCGCUUAUGUAAAAGCCUGUGACGGAGAGGGUCUAACUUGCCUUUGUCACGCCAGCGAGUCCGGCGCCGAAGACAUGGUUGAGCUGCUUCUGAAGCACGGGGCCGACACGGAAGAGGCUGGCCCGGAGAGGAAGACACCUCUGCUGCGGGCGUAUGCCAACGGACAUACCCGAGUCAUGGACUUGCUUUUGGAACAUGGCGCCGAUCCAAAUGCACCUUUAGAGAAUGGUACAAUCCUGGUUCACAAGGCGUACACGGAUGGUGACAUGGUGCUGUCAGCUAAACUUCUCAAACAUGGAGGAAACCCCAACCUCUUAAUUGACUCCGAGGGUACGACCCCAUUGCACAAGGCAUGUCGGGAAGGUGACGUCGCGUUCGCACAGACGCUUCUGGAAAAUGGAGCAGACGCGAAUGCCGAAUUGCCCCGAACCAAGAUGACGUCUUUGAUCCUUGCCGCAACUGGAAAGGUUGGACUUCUGAAGCUGUUGGUUGAUCACGGAGCGGAUGUCCACCACGCUGCGAUAGGUGGCACCACCGCAUUAAGAGAAUCUUGCACGAAUGGAAACGAGGACGCCGUACGAUUCCUCAUUGAAGCCGAGGCUCUGGUAAAUGUCACCUACGACCAACUGGUGUCGCCACUCAUGGCAGCAUGCCAAAAGGGACAUUUGAAUAUCUGUAGGAUUCUUAUUCAGAGGGGCGCCCACGUGACAUGGGCCAACAGACGGGAAACCACGGCGCUUCACAUCGCGUGCGAGAAAGGUCACGUGGACAUUGUUCGUCUGCUUCUCCAAUAUGGCGCCAAGUCUGUCAGGGACAUUGACGGGAAGAAACCGAAGCACAUGGCAGCAGAAAAUGGCCACUCCAGAAUCUUAGCCAUCCUCAAGGCGCACAAGAAAGACAAGAACUGCAAAGUCAGUUAAAGAAGCAGACACAUUACCAUGCUGUCGAGCGUACAAAAUGCAAAAAUUCGCCGAGAAAACCACUUGAUAAGAUAUCGUUGCACAAUUCCUCCCGCAUAGAAGAACUGCAUGUACAAAUGUACAGCCACAGGAGAUGAUUUGCAGUUUUGUAACAUUCUGAACAUUCUGAACUUUAGGCAAUGGCGAAAAUGGGCAUGCAGUAACAUACUGCUUCAGACACCACUGAACUGCAUAUCCGAAAACCGGAAUGUGUUGUGCUACGAAAAAUGAAAGGUCAGUCCUUGGUGAAGAACAUUUGUUGUAUAGUGCUGGACUGUAGAUACAGUCUCGUUUCACAAAAUGCUUAUGUUAAUGUAUAUAUUUAUCACAACCUCAGUCCCCGAGCGAGAGUGCUUGGUUAAUGUAAAAUGCGCAGAAGGUUUACAGCAGAACCACGGUCAUGUAAAUUAUGUGUGUUUCAAUGUAUUCACUCUAUAGUGAGCCUCACUAUUGUAUCUCGAUACAUUCCCGUAGUUCAGAAGGUUCACAGCUGAUGGUAUGAUGACGAUUAUAGUCUUGAACUUGUCAAAAGUUUAUUUCAAUGUUCGCAUAGUCCCAAGAAAGUGCGCUUGUACGAUGCGCAGAAGGUUUACAGCUGAGCCAUGCACGUGUAUUCGCAUAGUUCCCAAUGCAUUGACAGUUGCAAUGCUUUGAAACUAGUGUAAAAUGAGCAAUACUGUAUAUGCCGAGCUGAUUGUAUAUAGCCACGGAAAUGUUCUUCAAUAUUCGCCUAGUGCUCCCUCGUGCCCAAGUACCCCAAACCCCCACCUGUAAAUAACAGGUAUACGUAGUCCCAAACUCGUAAAGGGGACUCUGCGACCACGGAAGUUUGUGUAAGGAGAAAGUCACGGCGCUUUGUAAAUUUCAAAGUGCCAGUGGAAAGAAGGUUUUAGAACAGCUGAGCCAGGUACACACACAGUACAGUGUUUGCUGAUGUGAAUAGCCCGCGGAAGGUUUGCAGCUGAUUCUCGUUGUGUAUGCCAUUUUUCAUUUUUGGCAUUGAUAUUUCCAAUUUUCAGUGUCCUUGCAUAUCACAAAUAAUCUAUAACGUUUUUUCAGCCGAUUGUAUACAGCUUCAGACGGGUGUUUCAGUGUUUAUGUUUAUAAGCCAUGAACAAUUGUAUCAAAUUAAAUUCAAUGUGAAUCUUCUAA